CUUUUCCCCUUUUCCUUUAUCUUGAUUUUAAUCUAAUCAAGAAUGCAAAAAUCCCAUUUUUCAUCAAUGGAGAAAGUGAAUUUCAGAACCAAAAUCAUUAGCAGACACCUAAAUCAAGAAACCCCAUCACCCAAUUUGUUGCUCCAAUCCAUCCCAUGUCUCAGCUACAACCCACCUGAGCUUUCAGAGCCCUUAGCCAUUUUUGACACAAAAGAGAUGAGAAAGCUCAUGGAUGGUCAUAAUCUUGUGGAAAAGGACUGGCUUUUUGGUUUAAUGUUACAGAGCAAUCUGUUUAACCCUAUUGAAAGAGGUGGCAAAGUUUUUGUUUCACCUGAUUACAAUCAAUCUAAAGAACAACAAAGGGAAAUCACCAUGAAGAGAAUUGGAUACCUUCUUGAACAUGGGGUUUUUAAGAAAUGGCUGACUGGUAAAGGGCCUGAAGAUGAGUUGAGGAAAAUAGGUCUCUUGGAUUGUCUUGGCAUCUAUGAUCAUUCACUUGCCAUCAAAGUUGGAGUCCAUUUUUUCCUAUGGGGUGGUGCAAUCCAGUUUUUCGGUACCAAACGACAUCAUGAUAAAUGGUUGAAGGACACAGAGGAUUACGUGGUUAAAGGUUGCUUCUCGAUGACAGAGUUGGGGCAUGGAAGUAAUGUUCGAGGUAUUGAAACAGUAACAACGUAUGAUUCAAGCACAGGAGAGUUUGUCAUAAAUACUCCAUGUGAAUCAGCUCAGAAGUAUUGGAUUGGGGGUGCAGCUAAUCAUGCAACACAUACCAUAGUUUUCUCUCAACUCAUCAUUGACGGGGGAAAUCAAGGUGUCCAUGCUUUUAUCGCUCAGAUCAGAGAUGAAAAUGGAGACAUUUGUCCAAACAUCCGCAUAGCUGAUUGUGGUCACAAGAUUGGCUUAAAUGGUGUUGACAAUGGCAGAAUUUGGUUUGACAAUGUCCGGGUACCCAGAGAAAAUUUGUUAAAUUCAGUGGCGGAUGUUUCUCCAGAUGGGAAAUAUCUUACUGCUAUCAAGGAUCUUGACCAGAGAUUUGCAGCAUUUUUGUCCCCUUUGACAUCUGGCCGUGUGACAAUUGCAGUUAGUGCAGUUUACUCCGCAAAGAUUGGUUUGGCAACUGCGAUAAGAUACUCGCUGACAAGAAGAGCGUUUUCAGUUACUCCUAAUGGACCAGAAGUUCUUAUACUUGAUUACCCAAGUCAUCAACGGCGACUUCUUCCUCUUCUUGCAAAAACAUAUGCUAUUAGCUUUGCUGCUAACCACUUGAAAAUGAUGUACGUCAAGAGGACACCUGAGAUGAACAAAGUAAUUCAUGUUGUUUCAAGUGCAUUCAAAGCUACUGCAAGUUGGCAUAACAUGCGAACUCUUCAGGAAUGUCGUGAAGCCUGUGGAGGCCAAGGGUUGAAGACCGAAAAUAGGAUUGGCCAGCUAAAAGGUGAAUAUGACGUGCAGUCUACUUUCGAGGGUGACAACAAUGUUCUUAUGCAACAGGUAAGUAAGGCACUUUUUGGGGAAUAUGUGGCAGCCAAAAGGAGUAAGAAACCGUUCAAAGGAUUGGGAUUAGAACACAUGAACACCUCUCAUCCCGUCAUACCUUCACAACUUACAAGUUCUACAAUGAGGCAAGCCCAGUUCCAGAACGACAUAUUCUGCCUACGGGAACGAGACCUGUUGGAACGUUUUGCUGCUGAAGUUUCGCAAUGCCAGGCACAGGGAAAAAGCAAAGAAUAUGCUUUUACUUUGAAUUAUCAGCUUGCUGAAGACCUGGGGAGAGCCUUCUCAGACCGAGCAGUUCUCCAUACUUUCCUCGACGCAGAGGCAUUCGUCACAUCUGGCCCCCUUAAGAACGUUUUGGAUCUCGUCAGAUCGAUGUAUGUUCUGGUCACCCUAGAAGAGGAUGCUGCAUUCCUCCGAUAUGGAUACCUGUCGAUGGACAAUGCUGCAAUAGUGAGAAAAGAAGUUGCCAAGCUAUGCAGUGAACUAAGGCCACAUGCACUUUCCUUGGUCAGUUCCUUCGGCUUACCUGACGCCUUCUUGGGCCCGAUAGCUUUCAAUUGGGUUGAAGCCAAUGCUUGGUCUUCUGAACAAAACUAGCUCGUCGUAGAUUACUAGUUACUACAUAGAUUAAAAAGAUAUCACAACAUGGCUUGUUGUUGCAACUUAUGUGCUUGCCAUGAAUAAUCAAUAGGCUAUUUACCAUUGUUCUUUCUCAAAAAAUAAGUACAUUUCACCUUUUAUCUUUAAUCAUGAAAGGACAGAUUGUUUUACUCAUAGAAAGUAUAGAUGCUCUGUCUGUGACUGUGUGUGUAGAUUCUCAUUAAGAUAUCAUGACAUUUGAUCA